CAUUACCUGUCAAAAAACGUGCUUACGUUCCAGAAAUAAAAACUUUUUAUCUUCAUCUUUACAAAGCAAAACUUUCACCAGAUGGAUUUGAACGUGUUGUUUGGACUGUGAAUGGAACAUACCCUGGACCAACAUUUGUUGUAACAAAAGGCGAUAGACUUGUAAUCCAUUUUAUCAAUAAUUUAGGAGUACCAACAUCGGGAACUAAUUGGUAUGAUGGAGUUCCAGGACAAACGCAAUGUCCAAUACCCAAUAAUACAACAUUUAUCUACAAUUUUACUGUUCCAGAUCAAAGUGGCACUUUUUGGUAUCAACAUUUGGCACAGUACGUUGACGGUGUUCUAGGUGCCAUCAUCGUCAAAGAUCCUGAUGAUCCAUAUCAAAAUGACUAUGACGAAGAAAUAGUGAUUCUUCUGUCGGAUUGGUAUCAUAAUGAAACAUUCACUUUAUUAAGUUAUUAUUUGUCUCCAGCAAGUAAGGGAUUAGAACCUCGACCGGAUAAUGGAUUAAUUAACGGAAGGAAUAAUUAUAAUUGUAAAUGGGCACCUGUCUCUUAUAAAUGCAUUGAUAAUGCUGGUCUUUCAAAUUUUAAUUUCGUUCCUGGAAAGAGAUAUCGUUUGAGAAUCAUAAAUACUAG